AGGGAAAUCUCUGCAGUACUUGAUCCUCUUCACAUCUCUUUAAUUUAAAAGCUAAUUCUUAACCAGUUAUGGUGAUUUGACCUUUUUUCAGGAUUAUUAUUAUUAUUAGGCUGUUUAUGAUGGAGCCAUCAGAAAUCAGCACGUGUUCUAGACCUCCUGAGUGCCAGCUUUCUGAGGAUGUGAAGACAGAGACUUGCUCAAUGUCAAGUGGAAGCUCGUCAAGUGUCGUGGGACACGUCAUUCCCACAGACCAAGAGAACAGAGAAUUCCCAAAAGAGGAGCCUGAAGAUGAAGACUACCUUUACUGUGAGCACUGCAGGUCCUUCUUUACCAAUGAGUGUAAUGUUCAUGGUCCAGCUGUCUUUGUCCCUGACACUCCUGUUCCUAUGGGAGUCGCUGACCGAGCCAUACAAACCCUUCCACAAGGUCUAGAAGUUCGAGAGUCUAGUAUUCCUGAGGCAGGCCUGGGUGUCUUCAAUAAAGGCGAGAUUAUUCCAGUUGGUGUGCACUUUGGACCCUAUGAGGGAGAUCUGGUAGACAAAGAGGAAGCUAUGAACAGUAACUACUCUUGGGUGAUAUACAAAUAUAAUCAAAGUGAGGAAUACAUAGAUGCCAAGAAAGAGACACAUGCUAACUGGAUGAGGUAUGUGAAUUGCGCUCGUAAUAAUGAAGAGCAAAAUCUUGUGGCAUUCCAGUAUCAAGGGAGAAUUCUAUAUCGCUGCUGUCAAAACAUUAAACCAGGACAGGAGCUCUUGGUGUGGUCUGAAGAGGAGCAUGCUAAAGAUUUUGACAAAAAGAACGGCAUUCUUUUGCAAGUCAUCUCUUGCUUUUUGCAUCCACCCUGCGAGAAAUCUCAACUUUAUGUACGCGGAUGUAUUAGGAGAUGCCGGUAUCGCCAAUAUGAGCGAACACAAGAAUCCAGAGAGAUUAAAUGUGCAGAGAAUCCAGCGACCACAAGGAGCCCUGAUGGUCGACAUGUAUCUGCUAGCCUUACUAAGUUUCACAGACGAAUGCAGAAGGAAAUUCACCAAUGCUCAGAGUGUGAGGAGAGUUUUUUUCAAUUAAGUCAUCUCCGAGAACACCAGCGCAUUCACACAGGGCAGAAUCUGCAUCACUGCUCACAGUGUGGGAAGAGUUUUAAUCAAGUGCAUUAUCUUCAAGUACACCAGCGCAUUCACACAGGAGAGAAGCCUUAUAAUUGCUUACAGUGCGGGACAAGUUUUACUCAACAGAGUACUCUCCAAAUACACCAGCGCAUUCACACAGGAGAGAAGCCCCAUCACUGCUCACAGUGCGGGAAGAGUUUUACUCAACUGAGUACUCUCCAACAACACCAGCGCAUUCACACAGGCGAGAAACCAUAUCACUGCUCAGAGUGUGGGAAGAGUUUUACUCGCCAAGGUUCUCUCCAGUUCCACCAGUCCAUUCACUUGGGAGAGAAACCAUAUCACUGCUCACAGUGUGAGAAAAGUUUUACUCACUCCAGUAGUCUCCAGCUUCACCAGCGCAUUCACACAGGGCAGAAUCUGCAUCACUGCUCACAGUGUGGGAAGAGUUUUAAUCGAGUGCGUAAUCUUCAAAUACACCAGCGUGUUCACACAGGCGAGAAGCCGUAUUGCUGCUCCCAGUGUGGAGCGAGUUUUUCUUCAUACACUACCCUCCGACGUCACCAGUAUAUUCACACCGGAGAAAAACCGUAUCACUGCUCACAGUGUGGGAAGCGUUUUCGUCACGGGAAUACGCUUCAACAACACCAGCUCAUUCACACAGGAGAGAAACGCUAUCACUGCUCACAGUGUGAGAAGAGUUUUAGUCGAGCAGGUACUCUUAAAGAACACCAACGUAUUCACACAGGGGAGAAGCCUUAUCAGUGCUCACAGUGUAGGAAGCGUUUUACUCAACUGAGUACUCUCCAACAACACCAGCGCAUUCACACAAGAGAUUAAACAUGUUUGUAUAAAACCAGUGCUUAGGAUGUCUACAGAUAUUUACUUUUGGUAAAACAUUAAAUUGACCCUCGGACUGUGGCAUAUGACAAAUUGUGGAUGCGUCAUUUCGGUUUAAUUUUGGUAAAACAGAGUUACCGGCAAACGCUUCAGGUAUCUACAUAAUAUUCAUUACAUUUUACAUAAUGACAUUUUCAUUAAUCUUUUGAUGUCUUAAACAUAUAAACUUGAUUGAAAUGUUUUACCUCAUACAUUGUAUUGGGAUCUCUUAAACAGGGCUUUCCCCAAUGUUUAAGCACUCCACUGCUAUCACUUGCACACCAAAAAAAAAAAAAAUCAGUACCAUAAAUUGAACAAUGCAGAGUACUUUCUACACUUAAAUAUCUCCUAUUCUCCUCUGAAAAUGAGUAAUGACUACAGAAAUAAGAUAUUGUAAUAUAUCGAUCUAGACUAUCCUGCUACUCAACCCAGAAGUGAAAAUAAAGGGAUUCACUGUGUGCACUGACUACAAUUCACAACCGUACAUAAAGCCACUUUUGAGGUGCUGGUCACUAGAUGGCACUGUUGCAUGAUUUGACCUUGAUUGUGUUCCUGGAACCCUGGAAUUGGAAAAUGAAGAGGCGUGCUAUGAAGUGUUUUCAUCUCAUCUCAUUAUCUCUAGCCGCUUUAUCCUUCUACAGGGUCGCAGGCAAGCUGGAGCCUAUCCCAGCUGACUACGGGUGAAAGGCGGGGUACACCCUGGACAAGUCGCCAGGUCAUCACAGGGCUGACACAUAGACACAGACAACCAUUCACAGUCACAUUCACACCUACGGUCAAUUUAGAGUCACCAGUUAACCUAACCUGCAUGUCUUUGGACUGUGGGGGAAACCGGAGCACCCGGAGGAAACCCAUGCGGACACGGGGAGAACAUGCAAACUCCGCACAGAAAGGCCCUCGCCGGCCCCGGGGCUCGAACCCAGGACCUUCUUGCUGUGAGGCGACAGCGCUAACCACUACACCACCGUGCCGCCCCGUGUUUUCAUUUCAAAUCUAAUUUUGUCUUUUCAAUUUUGCUCCUUGCAUAUUUGACACGGUAAAAAACAAAGUUUAAUAGUUUUGAAUUGUGCCUAAAUCAGCCCUAGAUGCCACCAGAAUGCAAGAUUUGAAGUCUCUAAUUUCAAACUUUUCUGGUGGAGCAUGCCUUCAGGCCUGGACCCCAUAGCAACCUUUAGGGCCUUCCAGGUUGGACCAGCCCUUACGGGCUCUGCAUCAGUAGCACCGAUCUGAUAAUUUUUUCUGGGGAAAGCCCUGCUUCAAUGAAAUACAAAGCAGUCAAAUUUCAUUAAUGUGAUAUGCUAGAUAGCCAAAAGUUUGUAGACACCUGAGUAUCACGUCCAUAUGGACUUGAACCCCAGUUUGUUUGCUGUAUUGGUCUCUAUUGGGAAUGGUUUCCAUUAGAUUUCAGCCAGUCGGGUUCUUGCAGGCUUGUCAAGUUCUGCCACACCAAACAUGGCGCACGAUUUCUUCAUGGACCUCACUUUGUGCAGGGCAACAUUAUCAUUGCUGAAUCAUGAUAAUCAAGCUGAAACAAACUAAUGCUGAAAGUCAAAGGCACAUAAUUCUCUAAUUUGGGCCCAAGCACCGUAGGUGCAAGAACCCUAUUGGAUACGUAAGAAGGUUUUUUUGUUCUUCAAGACUUGACUAUUUUUUAGGUGGUUCCAAUGGGCAAAAACUUAUGAAAGUUAUCACACACUUCAGUGUUGGUGACAGCUACUCCAGGAGAGGGCUUUGGCCCAAUGACUCUAUAGUGCCACUAUUUGUAAUUGAGUCUUGUGCCUAGCAUAUAGUUUCAUGUACACACAUCAAACUUGGUACACAUGGGUGUCCCUAAGACAAACACAUUUAUAACAUGUAUUGCUUUCACCACACCCAACAGGAAGGGAGUUAUUUUGGAGUUUGUGCAUUUAGACACUGUCAUGGUGCAGGCACUUACGGACGUGUGCGCAGAAGAGGAGUGUAGAGCAAACAGUGAACAAGCCAAAACGUGAGACGAGAAUCAGAGUCAAGGGACUAGCGAUGGUCAGGCGAAGGGCAAACGAGAGAGAACAAAAGAGUAAACAUGAAAGAGGGAAGUAAUGGUCAGAAACCUGAAAAUCAGUCAGAAGAAACAAGGCUUGGUAUGAACUGAGGAUAGUAGAACAAUAUUUCACAAUGAAGUGGUGUGAGCGUGAGGUUUAAAUAGGCAGAGGAACUAAUUAGAGUGAUGAGUGACAGCUGUGGUUAAUAGUUAGGAGACAGAGGGUGCUGUGAGUUCUGGGAAGUGUAGUCCUUGGAGUCCAUGUUUGUAGUCUGGACGAUGGAGCCCCCCCGAGGAGCUCCGACCGGGAGCUAUAGAUUUUCUAGGGCGCCCCCUACCUCUGGGUGCAGGUUUGUCUUGAUGUGUGGCAUGAAAUUCUUGCUUGAGGAGUGGCUCUAGGAUGUCUUUGGCGGGAACCCAGCAUGUUCCUCAGGUUCGUAACCCUCCCAAUCUGCCAGGUACUCGAUCUGCCCUCUUCUUCAUCUAGAGUUGAUCUUGUUUACCUGUUAGAUGGGUUCGCCUUCUAAGUCCAGAGCUGGAUGUUCCUGGCUUGCUGCGUUUUCAGCACGAGGGCCCGGGAUAGCAGGUUUCAAAUAGGAUAUAUGAAAUGUGGGUGAUAGUCUGCUGUGAGGGGGGAGCUCUAGCCGGUACCAAACUUCAUUGAUGCGGUCGGUGACUUUAAAUGGCCCGAUGUAUCAUGGUUGUAGCUUCCUGCAUGAAUUGGGUUCUCAGAGGUUCUUUGUUGCUGUCCAUACUCUGUCCCCUGGGUUGUAUGUAGGUUUGUCUGCGUACUCUUUGUACUUGGCAUUGACUGUUUCAAUACGUUGGUGUACCUCCUCCCAAAGUGUUUGGCUGUGUGAGAACCAAUCUUCAACGGCUUGAACUUGGUUGGGUGAGUCCUCCCAAGGGAACGGGGUGGUUGGUAGCUGAGUAUGCACUGAAACGCUGUUAGGUGGGUUGCAGAGUGCUUGAGGGAGUUCUGUGCAUACUCGGCCCAUGGAAGGAAGUGUGCCCAGUUCCCCUGGUUGCGCAUACAGAAGAUUGUCAAGAAGCAGCUGAUUUCUUGAUUUGCUCUUUCGACUUGGCCAUUGGACUGAGGGUGGUAUCCGGAUGUGAGACUCACAGAAAUUCCUAAUCUCUCCAUGAAGUUCUUCCAGAAAUGUGAAAUGAACUGUGCGCCCCGGUCACUGACAAUGUCCUCAGGGAGACCAUAGUAACGGAAUACCUGCUGGAAUAACAGUUCUGCUGUUUGGGAUGCUGCGGGAAUGCCAGGUAACGGAAGGAGUCUAAGGGCUUUGGAGAAACAAUAGAUUGUUAACAUGAUGUUGCUCAGUGAGGGGGGAAGGUCGGUGAUGGAAUCCAUGGCAUUGUGGGACCAGGGUCUCUGAGGAACAGGGAGGGGACAAAGUUUGCCAGCGGGAGGUGUUUUGGGAACCUUGGCUUGGGCGCAGACGGAGCAUGAGGUGAUGAACUGGCUAAUUUGUGUGAGCAUGUUCUCCCACCAGUACUUAUUCUUGAUCAUCUGAUGGGUGCAUUGGCUGCCAGGGUGUCCAGUGGCUGGUGAAGCGUGGGCCCACGUAAUUAGUUUGCCACUAAGAUGCUUGGGCACACACAGUAGACUGGGUGGAAGAUCGUCGGGAAGUGUUUGGGGUCGAAAGUCUCUGAUUUCUUUAUCUAAAUCCCAAGUAAUGGACUGAAGGAAGCACUGAGACAGAAGUAUGGGAUGAGUAACGGGAUCUUGGUGAGUGGUUGCAAAGAUUUGUGAUAGGGCAUCGGCCUUGGUAUUCUUGGAGCCAGGAUGGAAUGAGAUGGUGAAAUUAAAUCUUGUGAAGAAAAGAGCCCACCUGGCUUAGUGAGGAUUUAGCCGCUUGACUUACCUGAGAUAUUCAAGGUUCUUGUGGUCAGUGAGAAUAACAAACGGGUGAGUGGCUCCCUCAAGCCAGUGUCGCCAUUCUUCGAGGGCCAGUUUUAUGGUGAGUAGUUCCCCCAUCAUAAUUUCUUUCAGCGGAAGAGAGUUUCUUAGAAAAGAAUGCUACUGGAUGGAGUUUGUUUUUCCCCGAAAUGUUUUGAUCGCACAGCUCCUACUCCCGUGUCCGAUUAUUCGACCUCCAGAGUGAAAGGUUUGGACGUAGAGGUGAUUCUGGAGCAGGCAAUUGAGGACCGUCCUAACUUGCUGGAUGUGACUUUUUUUCGUCAGGAGAAUAUAUUAAGAGGUCAUCGAUAUAGGCGAUGGCGUAUCUCCCUAGCACAUCCCAUAACACGUCGUUGAUGAGAUACUGGAACAUGCUAGGUGCUGAAGAAAGGCCAUACAGCAUUACCCGGUACUCAAAGUAGCUGGCAGUAGUGCUGAAUGCUGUUUUCUACUUGUCACCCCUUUUGAUUCUGAUGAGAUUUUACGCGCUGCAUAAGUCGAGCUUAGAAAAGAUCUUGGCCGAUCUGAGUUGUUCUAAGGCUGUUGGGACAAGAGGGAGUGGAUACGGGUACUUGACUGACACUUGGUUCAAUCCUCUGUAGUCGAUACAUGGGCGAAGACCACCACCAUGUUUCUCCACAAAGAAGAAGCCUGCUGAGGCUGGAGACUUUGAAGGAUGGAUGUAACCCUGUUUGAGGGCUUCCUGGAUGUAUUCCUCCAUAGCAGCUUGCUCCUUCUGAGAGAGAGGGUAGAUGUGCCCUCUUGGUGGUGAUGUGCCCGGCGAUAGGUCGAUAGCUCAGUCAUAUGGCCUGUGAGGUGGCAACCUGCAUGCCUUACCCUUACUAAAAUCCUCCUUGAGGUCAAGCAUAGGACUCUCCGUAGAGGUGGAGGCGAGUGUGAUCUUAGGGUGAGAGAAGCAGCCUAGAAAGCAUGUGGGCAACCAUUGUAGAAUCUCUUUGUUCUGCCAAGAAAUCAAGGGAUCUGAAGUUGGAGCCAAGGGUAACCAAGAACGAGGUCAUGAUGGACUGUGGUGGUGACAGAGUGAAAUGAGCUCAGAAUGGAGGGCGCCCACUUGGAUGUGGAUGGGAGUGGUGCGUAGGGUGACUAGACCAUCCCCUAUGGGUCCUCCAUUGAUUGUACGAAUGCUGAGCAAACUUUAAAGAGGAGUUGUGGGCAAGUUGAACUUCUGGACGACAACGCUGCUGACAAAGUUCCCCUCUGCUCCUGAGUCUAUGAAAGCAGAGAGGAUGUUGGUGGAAGAAGUCAACUUUAACAGCACUGGAACCUUGAACGACUUGGAAUUAAACCUGCUUGUGGGACUUACAUGGUGUGGAGGUCACUGUGCAGAAGAUGGAUGAGGAGGACAAAUGGGGCAGUGGCUGAGCAGAUGUUCAGAGCUUCCACAGUAAAAGCAGAGUCCCUCCCUUCUCCUCCUAAUGCAUUCGAAGCGAGUUAACCAGGUGUGUGAGACUUCCAUGGCGGAACUGUCCUCUGAGAUCGGAGCCAGUCUUACAGCCUCCUGCAGGGAGGGUCGAUGAGUUAGGAAAUUGCCCAGACAAAUUGCAAGGUCAAUGAGAAAAUCUAGUGUCAACUGUUCAUCUCGGCAGGCGAGCUCACUCAGUAUCUCAAGGCGCAGCCCUUUGCGAAAGACAGCCUUCAGAGCAGGAUCAUUCCAUCCACUAGUGGCUGCUAGUAUUCUGAAUUACAGAGCAUACUCUGCUACGCUUCUGGAACCUUGUGACAUGGUGAGUAAACUUUCCCCUACUUCAAUGCCUUCAGGUUUGAGGUCGAAAACCCUUUUGAAUUGAGUGAGAAACUGCUCAUAAGAAUUCAUGGGUCCACUACCAUUGUUCCAGAUGGCACUGGCCCAUUGAAUGGCUUUACCUGUGAGAAAGGAGAGGAAUUUAGCAAUCUUGUGCUCAUCAGACAUGUUUGGCAUGGCAGCGAAGUACAUGGAGCAUUGGAGGAGGAAACCCUUAACUCGAGCAGAUCUGAACUUCUCCGGAGCAGGAAGUUGUAGUGCUGGGCUUGGAGAUGGUUCGGAGCACGGUAGGAGGGCCUGUGACAUCAGUUGCUAGUUGCGACAUCAAUUGCUAGUUGAGACAUCCUUGUGUUGAGGUCGGCUAGCAUCUGCUGAUGUUCUCCUAGUAAGCGUCCUUGAGUGUUUAGAGCUGUCUGCUUCGCCCCUUCCACUACAUCCAUGUUGGCAAAGUAUCCUGUCAUGGUGCAGGCACUUACAGACGUGUGCGCAGAAGAGGAGCAUAGAACAAACAGUGAACAAGCCAAAACGUGAGACGAGAAUCAGAGUCGAGGGACUAGUGAUGGUCGGGUGAACGGCAAACAGGGCAAAUGAGAGAAGACAAAAGAGUAAACAUGAAAGAGUAAAGGUCAGAAACAUGAGAAUCAGUCAGAAGAAACAAGGCUUGGUAUGAACUGAGGAUAGCAGAACAAUACUUCACAAUGAAGUGGUGUGAGUGUGAGGUUUAAAUAGGCAGAGGGACUAAUUAGAGUGAUGAGUGACAGCUGUGGUUAAUAGUCAGGAGACAGAGGGCGCUGAGAGUUCUGGGAAGUGUAGUUCAAGGAGUCCGUGUCUGUAGUUUGGACGAUAUUAGCAGGUUUAUUUACACACGUAUUACAUUUUGAAAUAAUGUUUAUCAGUUUCAGUCAGAUUUGGUAGACAUGAGCUGUUGCUGAUGUAAAAUUGUGAGGGGAUUUUUGAUAUCUUGCAAGGCAUUCAAAUGGCAACAUGAUUUCUCUCACCAGGCAAAUAGGAAGUGACACAUUCCAUGCACUGCUUGAUAGAUAGCUUAGACCUAAGAGUGUUAAGCAAACAUUGUAUUUAGUUACCUUGGUUAAUUGUGGUGUUAAUUUGUGAUUAUCAGGGAUUAACUUUGACGCACUGUUCCUGAUCUGUCUCGAGCUUUACACUAAACUCUCCACUGCUCAGGUAACAGCACAACUCGUAUGAGUUGCACCUGUUUCAGUUUAUAUAUGAAAUCAUUGAUAUUCUUCACAAGUAUGAUAGUAAUGCAUCACAAACCAGCUUAUGAAGUUUAAAUUACACUAAAUAUUUCGACAUUAAGCUUUAUGACUUUACAAACCAAAACUGAGUUCUGCCUCUAUACCCCGUCUUCCUUCCACAAAAACUGGUUAAAACUCAGGACCUUUACUACUCACAGCUAAAGUAACUGUACAUGUAAAACUGGAUAAUUUAUCACAUGCAUACAGAAUUUAGUCUGCAUGAUGUAAGCAUGGCUGAGAAUCGGAAUGUUUGAUAUGCGAAAUGAUGUAAUGAAUAUAGUGUGUUGUGGCACAUGAGGCAUGCUGGUUCAUUCCACAUUCACUCAUGAAGUGAUUGAAUUUGAGCAACAUGAUUGACACCUGAACUGUAUCCUUGUAGUUGAGCCACAAAAACUGAUAUUUCCAAUGUUUAAGUCUCUUGACUUUUUUCCACGUGUAAAGGCGAUGUCUGAAAAUGGGAUGUUACCUGCAUUUUACCAUUCUACAUGGAAGUAAGAAAAACGGGACAGAUGCAUACAACCCCAAUUCUAAAAAAGUUGGGAUGCUGUGUAAACUGCAAAACCAGAAGGCGAUAAUUUGCAAAUCGUGGAAACCCAAUAUCAAAAAUAGUACAAAGACAACAUAUCAAAUGUUGAAACUGAGAAAUUUUAUUGCUUUUUGAAAAAUAUAAUUUUGCUCAUUUUGAAUUUGAUGUCUGCAACACGUUUCCGUCCGGGGAUUGGGCUGGCCACUCCAUAACUUUAAUUUUGUUGCUCUUGAACCCUGAUGCUGCUCGCUUACUGGUGUGUUUGGGGUCGUUGUCUUGUUGACCGUCUUUGAUCACCCUGGAGCUGAUCAUUGGCUGAGUCUUUGCCAUUCUGGCUAUUCUUCGAUCCAUUCGAAUGGUAGUCUUCUGUUUUCUUCCAUGUCUCUCUGGUUUUGCUGUCCAUUUUAAAGCACUGGAGAUCAUUUUAGCCGAGCAGCCCAUCAUUUUCUGCACUUCUUUACAGUAUACGUUUUCCCCUCUCCAAUCAACGUUUUAAUCAAAGCACGCUGUUCUUCUGAACAAUGUCUGGAACGACCCAUGUUUCUCAGGUUUUCAGAGAGAAAUGCAUGUGCUGGCUUCAUCCUUAAAUUAGGGCCACCUGAUUGACACCUGUUUUUUCACAGAAUGAAUGACCUCACUAAUUAAACUCCACACUGCUAUUAUUUUGAACACAUUCCUUUCACUUAAUUAUUAGAUUACACAGACUCAGGAGCAUGCAUAUCAUGAAUGUUGGGUCUGUUGGUUUUCUGUGACUCUACUACACCUACUGGUAAAUUAUUUGCCAGGUAGUAAUAUAAUUUCCACCAAAAACAGUGAUUGAUCUGGUUAGUCAUGUUGGACUGCUAUUAUUUUGAACGCAACUGUAUAUCAUUCAGCAUUUGUUAAUCUGUUGAUUGCACCAGAGGUGUGAGGACCCUUCAUCGCCAUUUGUGGUUGGAUUAUAUUAUCGUAUUGUUUAUCAUUUAGAUUCCCCUUCACUGAGACUGAAGGGCCCAGCCCAGGCCACCAUUUACUGUCCAUGUAUUUUUUGCCUUUCUACUACCCUUUCUCUUCUUUCUACAAUACAACCGCUCCUACCUAAGAGUUGGGGAAUUAUUUCCUGUUUUUCCAAGAUUGUGAUACAUGAUUUUAUCACUGAGAUCAAUUCAGUUCAAUGUGAUUUCACUGAGAGGCUGAGUUCACUCAUAAUAUCUACAUGGUAUGUGUCUGGUCCUUGAUCACUCCUAAAAUGUAGACGUAUCUGUUAUCAGGUUAUAAUGUCUUCGUCCUGUAGUUUUAAGUCUUUGUGUUUUUCUUUUCAUGUUUUUCUCGUGUCUAAAGACUUGGGUUUUAUUAUCUAGUAAAGUGCUUUCUGUACGAACACAUCAGCAUAGUGUCCAUAUAAAAGCUAACUGUAGCCACCUUUUUGUUUCGACUCGGAUUUGAUACUGCGUGAACUGCUGUCUACUCAGGUUUUUUUUUUCUCUUUUUUUCUACACAAUAAACUUUUUCUCACCUGA